CAUUUAUUGUGUAGAUCCGAAGCAGUGGGAGCGACUUCUCAUCGAUUAGAAGGCUCCUUGAUCCUAAAGUACCAAGGAUGACUAUCACAACCUCCACCAUCGGUUUCCCUCGCAUUGGCGAGAAGCGUGAGGUCAAGAAGGCUCUCGAGACCUACUGGAAGAAGCAGACCUCUCUGGAGGAGCUCCUGGCUGUGAACAACGAGGCCCAGAGGCUGGCAUGGACCCUGCAGGCUGACGCAGGCAUCUCCCUUGUCGGUCUGGACGGCACCCUAUACGACCAGGUCCUCGAAUUCAUCUUCUACCUGGGCCUUGCCCCUUCCCGCUUCUCGCACCUGUCAGGCUAUGACCUGUACUUUGCGCUGGCGCGCGGAGUGCCCGGCACCGAGGCGCUGGACAUGUCCAAGUUCUUCGACACCAACUACCACUACCUCGUCCCCGAGCUGGCCACCACCGUCACCCCCAAGCCCGACUUCUCCCUUCUCUUCGACAAGGUGAAGCGCGGCCAGGAUGCCAUCGGCAAGGAGAAGGCCGUGCCCAUCAUCAUUGGCCCCAACACCCUGGUCGGCCUGUCCAAGCCGGCUGACGCUUCCGCGCCGUUCGACCAUGACUCGGCCAUCAAGGCGCUGCUGCCCGCGUACACCGAGCUGCUGACCCAGCUCAAGGCGCUCGGCGUGCCCGAGGUGCAGCUGCACGAGCCCAUCCUGACCACAUCCGACGCCGCCAAGCUCAAGGCUGAGUUCGAGUCCACCUACUCCGAGCUUUCCAAGGUCGGCGUGCCCAUCAACCUGGUGACCUACUACGACGACAUUGGUGAGGCCUACGAGUGGGCCGUGAAGCUGCCGGUGGCCGCCGUCUCCCUCGACUUCCUGGGAGUGCCAGGCUCCGCGCUCGGCAACGAGACUGCCGCGCUGGUCGAGAAGUACGGCUUCCCCUCCGACAAGCGCCUGGGCGCUGGAGUUGUUGACGGUCGCUCCGUCUUCGCCGACGGCGACACCCCCGCCAACCUGGUUGCCGCCCUGCUCAAGAAGGGCAUCACCAACAUCAGCGUGCAGUCGUCCACAUCGCUGCAGCACCUGCCCUACAACAAGGACCUGGAGACCGAGCUGCCGGCCGACCUGGUUGCGCGCCUGGCCUUCGCAAAGCAGAAGGUGGCUGAGAUUGUGGAGGCUGCCUCCAAGGCCCCCUCCGCCUCAGCCCCCGCCUCCAUCACCGCCGCCCUCCCAGCCGUCAGUGAGCUGCAGGCAUGCACGCAUGGCUUGGAUGUCUACGACCCCAAGGAGGCCAUCGCGGAGAACCUGUUCAACCGCAGUGAGGAGUUCAAGGCCCGCCGCUCCAAGCAGAUCCAGACCCCUGACUUCCCCACCACCACCAUCGGCUCAUUCCCCCAGACCCCAGAGCUGCGUCGCGCGCGUCUGCAGUUCAAGAAGGGCCAGCUGAGCGCUGAGGAUUACGAGAAGGUGAUCAACGACUACAUGAAGUAUGCUAACGACUUUCAGGAGCGCAUCGGACUCGACGUCUUCGUGCACGGCGAGCCCGAGCGAACCGACAUGGUGGAGUACUUUGGCGUGAAGCUGGAGGGCUUUGCCUUCACUGAGGCCGGCUGGGUGCAGAGCUACGGGUCUCGCUACGUGCGCCCUCCCAUAAUCUACGGGGACGUGUCCCGCACGGGCCCCAUCACAGUCAAGGAGUUCAAGUACGCGCAGAGCCUCACGCAGAAGCCCGUCAAGGGCAUGCUCACUGGCCCUGUUACCAUCCUGAACUGGUCCUUCCCGCGCAAGGACAUCUCCCGCUCUGCCCAGGCCUACCAGCUGGCCCUCGCCCUGCGCGAGGAGGUCGCCGACCUCGAGUCCGCCGGCUGCAAGGUCAUCCAGGUGGACGAGCCCGCUCUGCGCGAGGGUCUGCCGCUGAAGCGUGCCAGGUGGGAGUCAUACCUGAGCUGGGCCGUGCGCGCCUUCCGCCUCUCCACCGUCGUGGCCGCCCCCGCCACCCAGAUCGUCACCCACCUCUGCUACUCCGAGUUCGCCGACAUCCUGCCCGCGAUCGACGGCCUGGACGCUGACGUGCUGACGAUUGAGAACUCACGGUCGGGCGAUGAGAUGCUGCGCGCUCUGGCCAAGUACGGCUACAGCCGCGACAUCGGCGCCGGAGUCUACGACGUCCACUCCCCCGUCGUGCCCCCCGUGGACUUCAUUGAGGGCAAGAUUAAGACCUUCCUGGACGUCAACCUGCUGAGCUCCAACCGCAAGCUGCUGUGGGUCAACCCCGACUGCGGCCUCAAGACCCGCGAGUGGGCCCAGGUGCUGCCGUCCCUGGAGAACAUGGUCAUCGCCGCCAAGAACCUGCGCGCACAGACCGCCUAGGGCGCCAGUGCUCUGGACCUGCUAGGACUCACCGCCCAUUCCGCCAUCUUCAGCCGCUGAUUCUGCCCAAAGCGGUCUGAUAUUGGUUAGGCUAGGGCCGUGACAUGAUCUGCUAGCUGGGCGUCCCCUGCUGAGAGAUCAUUUUGGGAUCCGGCAGUUGUGUCGGCUUGUUUGAGUCUGGGCACAAGCUGCUGUGCGCCAUUAAUGCUUGUCUGCCAUCCGCCUCCAAGCUCUUUGAAACUCUGCGUUUUUCUAAAAGGGGGCCUUUCUAGUUGGCGCGUGUCUCUUGUAACAUGCAGCCAAGACGCUGUUGUCAAGUCUGGGGAUCUGUUUUGGGGAAUCAAGUCACUACCUUUUGUGACGCUGGGUGGUCUCUAUAUUCUUGUCUGUGCUAAAAACGUACGAUUAUCUCUGAUCUGGCGUUUCCUGCAUCAACAAGCUAGUUCCUGCAUGCAGAACUGCGACUUUACGCUGUAAAUGCUUGGAUUCUGUGCAGAACUGGCAAUCUUUGCCUCUGCUGUUUCAAGAACAUUGCUCAAAGUGACAGAGCAAAAUUAUUGAGAAAGGACUCGCAGCAAGUGUUGAGAACAUUUCACCUCCUUGGCCAGCCGCUGUGAAGUACAAACAAAGAAAGGGGAUCCUUCUCAACAACUUUGCCCUGCCAGCUUUGUAAAUCGUGCAUGAUCUUGGC